GUGUUGGCUUAGUGCUGAGGCUGAGGACUUGGGGAGCAGUUCGGAUUCCAAGUCACUGCGUCAAGGAUGCCACAGAGAGCGGGGGUGCGGUGAGGGGGGCAAGAUUAAGAUUCGAUUUCCUUCACAAGGGCCUUUUGUCUUCCCGGGAGCCUCUCUCCCCUGGAGAUUGAGGAGACGACUACUUUUUUGGCCAAGUAGUGGGGUGAGAGGUGACUCCGCGUGCGCCCUUUGGCAUCCUCGCCCACACGAUGUGGCCCGAUGGCCCCUGAGCCCACCUGUGCCCUCCCUUUCCCGGACCCAGCGGCGCCCGCCCUCGGUCACCGCCCCUCCCCCGAGGCGUGGCCCCACGGUCGCGGCUGGGGAGAGUCGCCCGAGCCGGGGGCCAACUGGCUCCUUCCUUCCUUCGCUCCCGCCCUAGCUCCCGCCGGCCGGCCCGGGACCUCAGCCACGUCUCAAAGUGCCUCAUUGUGUGCGCCCCGGGCGGGCAGCGCGGAGCAGCGCAGCGGGCCGCGGGCGGCCGCACAGAUUCAUUCCGCCUGGUGUCCAGGUGUCUCCAAAAUCCUGGUGCCCUCGACUCCCAUCCAUGCUUCUUAGAGCCCAGUCCCCGGUGUCACCGCGUGCCUCUUAAUAGUCGUGGGACCCUGAGGACCAAAUCAGCCCCUGCAGACUCUCCCGGUGAAGAGGAGCUGGCUGUGGGCUGGAACUUGGAGGAGAGGACGCGCAGGAGCCUUUGCUGAGCGCCGGGAGACAGGCGUCCGCUCCCUGCGCGGGAUCAGCAAGAGACGCCAAGCUUUGGGGUAUUUGUGGCAUUGACCUUCACAAUAGCACUAAGAAGUUAAAUGCUGCCAUCCCUACUUUACAGAGGAAGAAGUCAAGACACUUGUUCCAGGUCUCAUAACUCCUGAGCAGCAGUGCUGAGACUCAAAGCUGGCCCUCUUCCCUCCAUCUAUCAGGAGAACCCAUCGUUUAAAUCCAUUUGGAAAAGUACCCAGCUCAGGCUAGGGGCAGGGCAACUGUGUUCCCACCCCUGGACACCUUCCUGUGUAGGGACUAUCUACCCCGUGGGGCUCUGAUCCAGUCUCCCUCCUGCUUUCUCAGGCCUCAGUCACCUUCAAUGGAUCUGUGAUCAGCGUGGGCAGCUCUCCCAGCAGCCCUGGACAGCAGCCCAGGCAUGCGGCUACCGCGCGUCUCCGGCACUGUAGUGACCGUACUCCUGCUGGCGCAGACCUGUCUUCUGCUCUUCCUCGUCUCUCGGCAAGGGCCGUGGUACCCAGCCGGCGGCAAGGAGCGUGUGCACGUGUUGGUGUUGUCCUCUUGGCGCUCGGGCUCUUCCUUCGUGGGCCAGGUCUUCAGCCAGCACCCAGACGUGUUCUACCUGAUGGAGCCCGCGUGGCACGUGUGGGCUGCCCUGUCGCAGGGCAGUGCUCCGGCGCUGCAUAUGGCCGUUCGCGAUCUGGUGCGCUCUGUCUUUCUGUGCGACAUGGACGUGUUCGACGCCUACCUGCCUUGGCGCCGCAACCUGUCAGACCUCUUCCAGUGGGCGGUGAGCCGCGCGCUGUGCUCGCCGCCCGCCUGCAGCGCCUUCAGUCGCGGCGCCAUCAGCAGCGAGGCUGUGUGCAAGCCACUGUGCGCGCGGCGGCCCUUCAGCCUGGCCCAGGAGGCCUGCCGCUCCUAUAGCCACGUGGUGCUCAAGGAGGUACGCUUUUUUAACCUGCAGGUACUGUACCCGCUGCUUAACGACCCAGCGCUCAACCUACGCAUCGUGCACCUGGUUCGCGACCCUCGAGCGGUGCUGCGCUCCCGAGAGCAGACCGCCAAAGCGCUGGCGCGCGAUAACGGCAUAGUGUUGGGCACCAACGGCACGUGGGUGGAGGCCGACCCCCGCCUGCGCGUGGUGAGCGAGGUGUGUCGCAGCCACGUGCGCAUAGCAGAGGCCGCUCUACACAAGCCGCCGCCCUUCCUGCAGGGCCGCUACCUCCUGGUGCGCUUUGAAGACCUGGCGCGGGAGCCGCUGCGCGAGAUCCGCGCGCUCUACGCCUUCACCGGUCUGAGCCUCACGCCGCAGCUCGAGUUCUGGAUUCACAAUAUCACUCACGGGUCGGGGCCCGGCGCCCGCCGGGAGGCCUUCAAGACCACGUCCAGGGAUGCACACAACGUCUCCCAAGCCUGGCGCCAUGCGCUACCCUUCAGCAAGAUUCGGCGCGUUCAGGAGCUGUGCGCCGGCGCGCUGCAGCUGCUGGGCUACCGGCCAGUGUACUCUGAGGACGAGCAGCGUGACCUUAAUCUGGACCUGGUGCUGCCUCGCGGCCCGAGCAGCUUCAGGUGGGCGUCGCCCACCGAUGUGCACUCCAAGCCUUAGCCGAGGGCUCUUCUUGCGGCGGUAGUUAGGGUACCAGAGGAGGGUGUAAGGAGAGGUCGACAGGCGCACGGGAAAGUAGGGUCAGCCGCCAGAGGUAGGGAGAGUAGGAUCCUCCCCUGUACUAGGAAACGAUCAAGUCCCCAAAUUUCACGUUUCUUUCUCUCCACUUCUCGGCUUUCUUUCCUUUGAUCCCUCUUCAGGAGCUGGUUUCCCUACGGGUAUGCUCUCCAUAGGAAGCAAAACUCUCACCCCACUUCCCCUGGGCACAGAGGCGAAUUGGCUCCUACUCAAGCAUUUUCUUUCCCCUUAAUUCCUUCCUCCCCUGGGACGCGCCAGGCAAUAGUUGAGAAGGAUGACUUAGCCCUGGCUGGGAAUGGAGGGGCAUUGCAGUGAGCUGGCUCCUGAAGUUGGUACAUCCCCGCCCCUGCCAUAUGCACCCUAGGCUCCGUUCCCCCAUGCCCUCGGCACCACACUUCAUCAAAGCCGUAGGUUAUAGUCACCUGUAUGUUUAAUGAGAAAUCAGAGAAGAUCUCCGCCUUUGUCUUGUGGUCUCCCAUUAGUGUCUGUCUGCCCCACCACCCAGGAGCCCACAUCGCUCUCCAUCAACCUGCUCAGGUACGAUGAACUUCUGAUUUGCCCUGAGAGGAAAAAUCCAACUUAGGAAAAUAAACCAUGAUUAACCUGUGUGAUACAGAUUAGAGUUUACAGUCCACGAAGUGAACCACAACUCAAGUGAGGGGACUUGUCCAAGGUCACGUGGUGAGAAAAGAGAAUGGGGAGAGGAGAGAAUUUUACUCUGAAGCUGCAGUAGGGAAAAGAGCUAUGAAUCAGGUUUGCAGAAGACUGGAUUUUCUCCCCAUUUUAUUUCCUUUAGGGAAAAACGGGGUGUCGUGGCCAGAAGCACAACUGUGGGAUACAAGAGGUGGCAAAUUCUGGGCCCAGAGCACGGAAUCUGGAGAGCAACUUGGAUAAGCCUGGAGGGAGGCAGUGAGGAGGAAAGAUCAGGGAGAGAGCUGGGGAGGCCUGGGAAGCAAGCCAGGUAAAGUGGAUGGCAAAGUACAAAGUACAAGUACAAGGCAGGUGGGGCAGCUCAGUGGUGAACGUAACUCAUAGGGCUUGCCAGGAACUUGGAAGGCAAAAAGGCUCUAGGGGUGAUUCUACUUUCCCUUAGUUUUUCCAGGCCAAGUCCUACAGGAGGGAAGAUUAAGAUUCCUUCCUGUAAGCCACAGCACCUAGCUCUGGCAACCGAAGACUGGUUAAAAGGAUGCUGGGUAUGCAGAGGGCUUAGUCUUGAGCUCAGGAAAUAGAGGCAAUAAGUGCUCUGUAAAUGCUUAAAGGGGGGAGAAGAAGUUCAUAGAACCUCUAGGAACAACAAGGAGACAGAUUUGAGUUCACACAAAGCACUAAAUCAUACUGGAGCUCAAGGACGUGGUGGCAUACACCUGAUAUCCCAGGUACUGGGAAGCCUAAGGCAGCUGGAUUGCAAGUUCCAGGUGAGCCUCAACAACUUAGCGAGACCCUAUCUCAAUAUAAAAAAAUAAAAAGCCCUGGGAAUGUAGGUCAAUGGCAGAGUUCCCCUGGGUUCAAUCCUCGGUACCACACACACCACACUGAAGGACAUAGUUGUUCUGGAAUCUCUGAUGGUUGCCACCAAACAUUGUUGCUGUCAGUCACCAGAAGGAAUUCUGGGAGUCCCUGACUUCUGAUUGUCAUCUUAGGUGUAACCUUAGAUUGGUAGGGCAAGGAGGAGCUGGCAUUUUUUGCUUCUUUAUUUAGGAAAAGCAGUUUUAUUGACAUUGAAAUUGAUACCUCAGGACACCUCAUUUGAGAACCCUUCCAAUUUUAGAAGCUUCAGGUCACUUAAAGCCUGGAUCUGCCACUGCUGAUAAUAGUAUAGGAAGGCAUUUAAGACCUCGGAUUAAUGGGAUUCUAUAACUUAGGAAAUGUCUUAGUACAUUUGGGCUGCUAUGAAAAACUACCUUAGACUGGGUAACUUAUAAGCAACAGAAAUCAGUUUCUCACAGUUCUGGAGGAUGGAUGUCCAAGAUCAAGGUGCUGGCAGGGUCUGCUGAGGGCCCACUUCCUCAUAGAUGGUGCCUUCUAGCUCUGCCCUUACCAAGUGGUAGGGGGAAAGCAGCUGUCUGGGGCCUGUCUCAAAAAAUAAAAAGGCCUCGGAACAUAACACAGUGGCAGAGCACCCCUGGUUCAAUCCACAAGCUGGUCUGGAAACUGAUGCUUGCCACCAGCCACCCAAAGUGACUCUAAUUCAAUUCAUGAGGGCUCCACACUCUUGAUUCCUCUAAUUACCUCCUGAAGUCCCCUUGUCCUAAUGUCAUCACCUUAGGGAUGAGAAUUUCAACACUUGGGUUUGGGGGAGACACAUUCAAAGCCUAGCAGAAAGGCUAGGAUCACAUAACUUAGCCUAUGGUAUGGGCUAGCAUUCCGACUCACAUCUUUGACUUCAGUGCUAAUGGUCCUAGCAAGGAACCCACAGUAGGAGUGAAGGUGGACCACAGCAGACGACCUCAUCACAGGCCCAGAAAGCCAGAGCAUUUGCCCCUGCCACAGAUCACUGGAGGUCAAGGAGUCAUCCUGGCAUUUGGUUGCAAAAAUCUCAAGGACCAGAAUGUUAAGAGGUGUGGUAGACUGCUGGCUGGGGCAUUGGGGCCCCCACUGCUGGUCCCUUUCCUGCCUGCAUGUCCCUACCCGAACUACCUUCCCACUCUGCUGACCACUGAAGUUAAAAGCAACCUGCUGGUCCUUCCUAUAAGGUGUCCAGUGUCAAGAGGAGGAAUCAGUCUAGGAACACAGUCCUAGUAACUGUAGUAUGUUAAGGCAAAGAAGGAUGAGCAAGAGGUUCACAAUGCCAGAGGCGAAGAAUGAGGAGUUACUGAUCUCUGUGGAGUUCAUGGAGCUUUGGUGGGGAGUUUAGAACCCAGUCUGACAUUGGCAUCCAACAAAUUUCAUUCGCUCCUGCUCAAGACAUAGAUUCUGUUGAUGGACACAAUUAAUGACCUCCGUGUGUUCCAUGCACUUUGCAAUAUGAUCAUUCAUUCUCUGACUCCCAAGGAGCCAGGACAGAGAUGACUGGCUCCCGGUUUGCCUUCUGUAUGUAAAGCACUGCAGGCAAGGCUCAGGUGAGCCCUGGCCUCCGUCAUCUCAGGCACUCUGUACAAGCCUUGGGAUGAGCCCAGGGCUCCCUGCAUAGCAGGCACUCAGGGCAAGCCUCAGGGUGAACCCAGAUCAGGCUCAGGACAAAGGAAAGGGUGGCCUGCCCAAGUGGGAACAGUAAAGCUAAGGCUUGUGAUCCAGGGGAGACAUAUAGUUGUUAUUGGUUAAAUAUGCCUUGUCUCUGCAAGAAUACGUUGGGGGUCAGAGAAGAAUGGAUGAGUCAUAUACCAAAGCAUGUGGAACACAGAGAGGCCAUUAAUUGCAGUCAUCAACAGAAUCUGUGACCCAAGCAGGAGAAAAUGAAACUUGUAGAAUACCAACGUCAUCCUGGCCUCUGAUCCCCCCACUGGAAAGCUCCGUCACUGAAGCCUGUGAUGAACAGGGCCCUCUGGGUUGACUUAGGGAUGAUUUACUUACUUAUUUUUUCUCUUUUUUCUUUCUUUCUCUCUCUCUCCCCUUCCUUCCUUCCAUCCAUCCUUCCUUCCUUUUCUUUUCUUUUCUUUUCUUUCCUUUUCAGGGAUUGAACCCCAGU